AAAACCUUUUAUCCAGGAUUUUACCGCGUAAACUACGAUAGCACCCUCCGAGAAAAUUUGGCUUCCGCUCUCAAGCAGGACAAUUUCUCGGGCAUCCACGUGACCAACAGAGCCCAAUGGGUGGAUGACUCCUACGCCCUUGCCAGGGCCGGCUAUUUAACAUUCGGACAAGUCCUAAGCAACGUGGAGUUUCUGGAAAACGAAACGGAAUAUUUCACCUGGUAUCCAGCAGCCACGCUUUUCAACUAUUUACUGCAACGGACUGGCACUAGUCAACUCCUAGGAGCCAGACUGACGUCACAUCUCUUGUCGUUGCUGGAGACUGCCGUGUCCACAUAUGCACUGGAUGAACUGGACGAGUCGCAACACGUUAACACUCUAACAUCCAUUCUAAUCAACACCUACGCUUGCAAAUAUGGACACACUACCUGCACAAAUGCUGCCAAAACCCUGUUUAGAACCUACAAGAGUUCUUCUGAUUUAUCUUCCAGGCCAAAUAUCAACAUUCGAUCUCUGGUCUAUUGCAACGCAAUAAGAUACAGCGACAACAUCACCGGCGACUGGCAGUUCCUCUAUGAAAAGUACCAAGACAGCGCUCUUUCUGGAGAUUCCAGCUACAUUUGGACGGCGUUGGGCUGCGCCAAUGAUACUGAUGUCCUUAAAGCAUUCUUAUCCAAAGUACUGGAAAAUGACGACGUGAUCACUUCCUCCUUGUACGGAUCAGUUUUCUCCACUAUUUAUGUUGCUGGUGAAGUUGGGCUGGACACAGUCCUGGACUUUUUCAGCGACAACUAUGCUGCUAUUCUGGAAGUAUAUUCCAAUGCAGGCAGCGUGCUAACUGGACUAUCCUCAUACAUCACCAAGACCUCCCAAAUUGAAAAGCUGGAAGCCCUCUUGGCCACAGUGGGCACAGACAGCACACUGGCCGCACCAAUCCAAACCGCUUUGAAUACAGCCAAUGAGAAUCAGGCCAUCAUUGAAGCGCACAGAGCUUCGCUUCACGAAUACUUUGGGCUUGACACCACCAGCACCCCCAGUACCACCAGCACCACUACUACCACAACAGCUGCUCCUGAUGGCAAUGAUGAAGAAAAUGGAGAUGAUGAAGAAGAGGUUGAGGGAGAUGAUUCUGCUGAAGUUGACAGUGCCACCACUUUGAGUAGAACCGGUCUGGUUGGUUUGGUGGUAAUUGGACUGAUCAACAGUGUGUACUUUGGACUGUGAAUAAUCCGUGGGGGGGUUCAAAAAGAUAAUCUUAGACUACUGAAGAAUAAAUGAUAAGUUAAUGAUUAAA